UGCGCGGCCCUUGGAGCGACGGCGCGCGGGUCAAGGGUCACAGGCAAGAUGGCGGCGGCAGUGACCUUCCGCCAGCUGCUGUGGCUGCCCCGGGUGGCCCGGAGUUUCGGCGUGCGGGUGUCGCCGACAGGGGAGAAGGUCACGCACACCGGCCAGGUUUAUGAUGAUAAAGACUACAGGAAAAUUCGGUUUGUAGGUCGCCAGAAAGAGGUGAAUGAAAACUUCGCCAUUGAUUUGAUAGCAGAGCAGCCUGUGAGCGAGGUGGACCACCGGGUGAUCUCCUGUGACGGCGGCGGGGGCGCCCUGGGCCACCCCAAGGUGUACAUAAACCUGGGACCUGUCUGCAUCCAGCCACACUGAAGGUCGGGAUGGCAGCAUGAGACCCUCAAAGGGAGGCUUUUCCUAUCGGCUAGCAACACACGGGCUCGUGAGGACGAGGAACGGGCCAGCGGAGGAGCUGUGAGGCCCUGGGGCACAUCCCCAGUGGUGCAGGUCAUGUGCUGGAGGAGAGAAGACUGCAGACCCUGUGACGGGGCAGGUGGGGCUCUUGUUUCACCAGCUGGUGUCCUGGUUGGUGGCCUGUCGCCUUUGGAAGUGGCCUUUACUGGAAGCUGGCAUUCAUCUUGGGUGCUCGUCAGGGUAAAGGGCAGUGUAGCAGCGCCAGGUGUCAGCAGCCUAGAACAGGAUGCUGUCACUUUGUGUCCAGGUGACAUCCCUGGAGCCCGGCCCGUGGGCUGAGGUUGGGGCAUCCUGGUCCUCGGGCUCAGAGAGCAGGUGGGUCGCAGCCAGCUAUAGCUGUUGGGGGCACGGGAGUUCCUCUGGCCGUCCUUUGGGACGGCUGCAGAGGCAGGGCCUGAGGUGGGGCUCCAUCCUCUGCCUCCCGCUGCCCCACAGGUCAGGCCAGGGUGAACCAGGAUCCAGGGCCUGCUCGUCCCAGCUCAGCCCCGACCUGGGCCUCAGUGACCUUCUGGUUGACAUGCAUCUCCUGUCCUGUGCUGCUCCUCAGGCUGUGGUUGGAAGUGGAGUGUGCACUAUG